UGCACGCGUGUAUCGAGAGAAUCAGUAGAAGAACGAAUUGGACAUUUUUGGGGGAAUUUUUUCUUCGGUUUUUUGUGUGAUUUCGUGAAGUUACAUUCGUCGAGGAGAUACAGAUUAUUAAAAAAAUGACGACAACAACGGGCGAUCCCUCAAGCUUGAAGACCCCAUCAACGCUCUCCGGAGGUGAUUUGGUGUCUCGUUUGCUCGCAGCAACACCGCCGUACCUCUACAACGUCCCCCUGACGCCCCACAGUUUCUUCUUCAGCGAAAUGCUCAGAUCAUUCGUCCAAGCAAAGUCCGAGCCGGCGACUUCCUCCUCGGCCGCGACGACCCCUGGAGUCAAUCGCCGACGGAAGAGAUCGUGGCGCGACGCCCGAGACAGACCACUAGAGCUCACGACGAAGGACAAAAACCCCCAGCAACACCAGCAGCAGCAGCAUCACGAGCCCCACACCGACAAGUACUUCCACCAGGACCUGCCCGAGAGCCGAUUCAAGCCCGAAAAUUUCGAGUCCGACCUGAAGCCCCAGACUUUCGAUGAGAAAUCCAAUUUCAACGCCGAUGCCCUCAAACCUAUCGACGAGAACCACUCGGAUUUCGUCAAGCAAGCCGGGAAUUUUUACGACGACUCGUCGAGGCUCUUCGGGGCGGAUCGAAUUGCCCAGCAGGAGUCGAUGUUCCCUUCCAAUCAGAAGAUAAAGCCCGAAGAGCAGAUCAAUCAUCAGACCGAUAGGAAGUACGAGGCCGACCGUCAGAAGAUGAAUCAGGAGCUGUUCGUUCCGCAGGAGCAGAAGAGCAAAAUCGACUUCUCGGCGAGGAACUUUGUUCCUGGCCUUGGAACACGGCCCGAGGAACUCCCAGCAGCGCAGAAGAAUUUUCUCGCUCCGGCCGUUCCAAACCCGGAGUUUCUGCCAAGUCCUCUGUGGUACCCCCCGUAUCCCCUGGCUCAACCCUAUCCGGGACUAGAUCCUCUCCAUUUUUUCAUCGACUUGCGUGUCUCCGGACACAUUUGGGACAGAAAACUUAGCGAGAGGCAGGCGCCUUUCAAGAGCAAACACUGCUCGGCUUUCAGCGUUCCUCAGGCCAGAGAAUUCAACAAUCGGCCGUUGAAUCUCACUAGGGAUGAGGCCAGCACGUCCAAGAAGUCUGAGAACUUUCGGGGAACGCAUUUCAUUCUGAAGAACCUCAUGAGGACCUAUAAGGAUAUCAAGGAGGUGGCGGUGAGGGGCAGGGAGGAGAGGGAGAAGGAGCAGUUGCGAGAUUGCGAAUCUGUCGAUGAUUCAUCGAAGGAGGACGCGAGCUCCUCGCCGUCGAGUCAGGACGAGGAGAAUCGGAAGGAUAUCAGGGCCCUCAUCGGCCUCGAGCUCGUUGUCGAUUACGUCAAGGAGCCCAAGGAGGAGCCCAAAACAAUCGAGUAAAAUCGUUAAAAACGUAAACCCACGUCUUUCAAUUCAGUAUUUGUCUCAUUAAUUUUUUCAUGCUCCGAAGAUUCGUGAAUUGUACAACGAAUUACUAAUGAAAAAUCCCCUGAGAUCAUUCCAUCAUCAUUUGUGUCUAGAAAUG